AUGUCUUUCGGCAACAUGUCAUAUGCCUCGACUUCCAAUAAGCCAGGCGAAGAGAAGCUUUGUACAAGGAUGAGAGUGGGUUUUGAGGUUGAGGUGGCGGCAGGAACAAUUUGCCAAUAUCUACACGGCAAAUUGCGUCCGCAAGGGUAUGGAGCGGGCUGCUAUGAAUCGGUUCUACAGUUUGGUGAUAUCGAAAAGAUCGUGGCUCUGUGCUUCUAUCCACAGGAAAUUAACAUCAGGGCCACGGAGAAAGAAUUAAUGCAACACUUUGACUGGAAGACGGUUAUCGGCCUGUGGUACAAAUGGGUAAACAUUCCCUACAACGGCCGAAGCAAGUGGAAUGAACGAUCGCCCGGAUGA